GUGACAUUGGUGGCUUCGACGACUUUGGUGACCUUGGUGACUUUGGUGACCUUGGUGACCUUGGUGACCACAUCGAUACGAUGACCCUAGUAACAUAGGUAAUUGGUGAGUGGUGCAUAUUGAUUGGCCUUAGCGACCUGAGAGACUUUGGUGACUUUGGUGACCUCGGUGAUCAUGAUGGUUGCGGUGACCCUUGUAAUCCUGGUGAUUGGUCAUCAGGAGUGCAUAUUGGCUUUAGCGACCUUGGUGACUUUGGUGACCUUGGUGACUUUGGCGACCUUGGUGAUCAUGAUGGUUGCGAUGACCCUUGUAAUAUUGGUGACUGGUCAUCAGGAGUGCAUAUUGGCUUUAGCGACCUUGGUGACUUUAGUGACUUCGGUGACCUUGGUGACCUUGGUGACCUUGGUGACGUUAGAUCCACAAACACGUUGCAAUGCAUGAGUAGCACUGAGAGGGGUUAAACACGGAGUAAUACUGGUGGCCUUGGUGAUUGGUGGAUAGUGG